AUGGCAAAUAUGGAUUUGAAAAGCGGUAGUGAGGCCCGCUUCCUACAAAUCCACGAGCUUGAAGAGCUUAGGAACCAUGCCUAUGAAAGUUCUAGCAGGUACAAAGAACGAGUCAAGAGAUUACAUGACAAGAGGUUGAGAGACCAUAAGAAUUUCCGCGUAGGAGAUGUUGUCUUGUUAUACAACUCAAGGCUGCGUUUAUUCCUUGUGAAGCUGAAAUCUCGAUGGAUGGGACCGCACACAGUUAAAGAAAUAUUUUCGUACGGUGCCGUAAUCAUCGAGGACUCAAACGUGGUGAAUUUCAAAGUCAGCGGUCAUAGAUUAAAAGUCUAUAUCAACGGACCGGUUGACUCGUGGUGGAGAUAA